CAAAUACUUACUUAUACACAUGUUUAUGUUUUAUAUAUAGGAAAAAAAUACAAAUAUUAUAUGUAUGUCUGUAUACAUAUUAUACAGAAAAAUCCAAAUUUAUCCGGAUUAAACACUUAUAUGUAUUUGUUAUACAUAUAAGUAUAGUUUUAUAUGUAUAAAUACAUGUAGAUACAUUAAUAUAUAUUAUUAACCUAUCUUCAUCAUUUAAAAUAAAUAAAACGGAUUAGAAGAAAUCGUCAAUAUUGGUUCUACCGUUCUACUGCACUGGAAACGAUUUAAACCUUGUAGGUAGAAGACUUCAGUUUUUAUUCCUUAUUUUUGCAUGUUUAAAAUCGCUCGGUGGUUAUAUACAAAUUUGGUAAAGAAGAACACAAACUCUUUAAUGGUUGAGUGGUAACAUAUAUUUUUAUGCAUAUAAAAUAUAUAUGCUUUAUAUACAUAUCAGUUAAUAAAAAUAUGUUAUUUUACAUAUAAUGGAAAUUAAAAGCAAUGUAGUGUAGAAAAACGAAAAAAUUAGAAAACAACAAUUAGAAAAGGUACCAUUACAAAACUUGGAAAACCAAUGUAGUGGUGGAAUAAUGCUAUCCGCAAAUAACCAUUCAACCUCACAUGGUACUCGAGCCAAAGACAAAGAAAAUAUUAUGCCACGUAGUAAGGAUAAAGCUGCUCAAAAUAGGAAAGAUACUAACAAAAAGUAUUAUGAACGCAACAAAGAAAAAAGGAGAAUGCUUGAAAGUGAUCACCAACAAAAAAACAAUGAAAGUAUAUUUGCUACUGCAGAGGUCAUUCACAAACAUCAUGUUAUAUGUGCUGAAGAAAACAACCAAAUAUAUUCGGGGUUAACACACGAAACAUUAGAUGAAGUUGGAGGUUCUAGCGAGGUCCAUGUCAAUCAAGUAAUUCCAGAUGACAUUCUUCUUGAGGAUCCAUACCAUUCUAUUUUCGAUGGUAUCCCUGAAGUACAUUCUAUUUUGGAAGGAAGUAAUAUAUGUGUUCAUUGUGGAGCCAAACGGUUCAAACAUGAAUUCGCUACUUUUUGUUGCAUGAGUGGGAAAACAAAGUUGGCAUCUUCCCAAAUUCCUAAUGAGUUAUAUCAUCUUUUUACAUCAGAAGAGGAGUUAAGCAAAAUAUUUAGAGAUAAUAUACGUGCUUACAAUACAAAAUUUUCUUUCACAUCCAUGGGAGUAGAGUUGGAUGAUGAUUUGAGCAAUAUGAAAUCCGGAGUAUAUACAUUCCGUGCGAACGGAGCAAUAUAUCAUAGAAUUGAUCAGUUAGUACCGAGGGAUGGAUUACCUAGGUACUUACAAUUAUAUUUCUAUGAUUCCGAAACCGAUUUUACACAUAGACUUCAAUGGCCAAAUAUUGAUCGAAAGAUCAUUCAAGUGUUGGUGGGCGUUCUUUCAACAAACCCGUAUGCUACAACGUUUCGAAGCCUUCGUGAGCUAGGACCUCUCGAUAACUAUAGAGUCACUUUGAACGCAUCAGUGGAACUUGACCAGAGGGUAUACAAUCGGCCGACCACAUCUGAGGUUGCUGGUAUUUGGGUAGAAGCAAGGGAUGGGGUGUCCAUCAAUGAAGCUGUGGGUAAUGAAGAAAAUAUUGUGGAUGAUAUAGAAGGGGCUAAGUCAAAGAAGGGUAGGAAUACCGUAACAAUGCGGAGAAAGAUAAGAGUUCAAUGUUGA